AUGGUUCAAAUCAACGGACAAGAAAUUGGCCCCAUCGGCUACGGUCUCAUGGGCCUCACCUGGCGCGCCAAGCCUGCUCCUGAGGAACAAGCCUUCGAGGCCAUGCGUGCCGCCCUUCAAAAUGGCAACAACUUCUGGAACGCGGGCGAAUUCUACGGAAAGCCAGAGUACAACAGCAUGACGCUCCUCGAGCGCUAUUUUGCAAAGUACCCCGAAGACGCCAACAAGGUCGUCGUCAGCUGGAAGGGCGGGGUAAAUGUUCAGAACCUGCACCCAGACGGCUCGCCGGAAGGCAUCCGCCGCUCCUUGGAUAAUAUCAUCACCCAGCUCAAGGGCCGUAAGAAGAUCGACAUCUUCGAGUGCGCGCGCCGCGACGCCAACACGCCCCUCGAAGUCACGUUCGGCAUCAUCCAGAAGGAGUACAUUGAUACCGGCAAGGUCGGCGGCCUCUGCCUCUCCGAAGUCUCUGCCGCGACGAUCCAGGAGGCCGUCAAGCACGCCAAGAUUGUCGGCGUCGAGGUCGAGCUCAGCCUCUUUUCGACCGACGUCCUCUCUAACGGCAUUGCCGCUGCCUGCGCGGAGCACAACAUCCCGCUCAUCGCCUACUCACCUAUCGGCCGUGGCCUGCUGACCGGCGAGAUCAAGAAGUUCGAGGACCUUCCCGAGGGUGACUUCCGCCGCCACAUGCCGCGCUUCCAGCCGGAAAACUUCAACAUCAACCUCAAGCUCGUCAAGCAGGUCGAGGAGCUGGCGGCCAAGAAGGGUGUCACUCCCGCUCAGCUCGCCAUCGGCUGGACCCUCGCCAUCUCCAAGAAGCCCGGCAUGCCCGUGGUAAUUCCCAUCCCCGGCGCAACAACGGCGGAGCGAGUCAACGAGAACGCGAAGGCAGCAGCGGUGGAGUUUACAGACGGGGAGUUGGCAGAGAUUGACGCGACACUGGCCAAGUUUGAGGUUGCCGGUGGUCGUUACCCUGCCGGAGCUCCCAUUAACACAUGA